GUGUAUUUUAUGAUUCCAUGUAAUUUUUUAGAAUAAACCCAUUGGCGCAUGUAUUUACUUGCUAGGAUGGUUAAUGGCUCUGUAUAUAUUAUGUCAUGCAGGACAAAUAAUACAGGAUGGGACUGAAUCCAUUGGUAUGGCUGCUUAUAAUUCAAAUUGGUAUUCUGUCGAUAUUGAUACUCAAAAAGACGUGUUGUUUAUUAUAAGGCAAUGUCAGAAACCUUCGUAUUUGCAAGCAUUGCCUCUGGGAGAGUUUAACCACUCACUGAUGUUAAUGAUAUUAAAAACAUCAUAUUCGUUUUUGACGUUCCUUACACAAACCACUUAAAAAAGAAGUUUUGUUAUUGCAACUAUUAUAUGGCAUUAGUACUCCAUAAUCUACACAGAACACGAGACUAAAGCAGAAGAUACUAGUAAAAAAAAUAUGUUGAAGAUCAG